AUCUUACUUGUAGCUCUUAGUCAAGGUUAGAUUUUUGCCGCGCACGUUAUUGGCUGAACUGAGCUGCGUUUGUUGUGAGUGCAAGAAAUAAUUUGCACAUUGCUUGUUGGGUUUGAUCUAAAAGGAAGCAAGAGAACAUGAUUUCCUGAGAUUUCCAUAUGGGUAACUACAUUUAGUUUGAUCCAAGAAGGUUAAAGGAACAUGUGUUUCUAGCAUGCCAUUUUCUAACAUGUCUUGGAUACAAUCUCAAAUCAAGCUAGAAGAUAGUCAUUUGAGUUACCCUCCUCGCUCUCUACUUUCUUCUUAUUCUUCAUCUUCUUCCUCCUCUCCUUCAUUGCCAUACAACAGUGAUUACCAAAAGCAACCAAACCCUCCAUCAUCAUCAUCUUCGGCUAGUAAAAUAAGCCCAGCUGUUUUGUUCAUAAUAGUUAUUCUCGCUGUUAUAUUUUUCAUAUCUGGCCUUCUUCACUCGCUAGUUAGAUUUCUCAUGAAGAAUAGGUCUCCCUCAUCAGUAUCCGAAUCCAACAGAUACCACGAAAUGUCAGGGUCUGAUGCUUUCCAAAGACAGUUGCAACAACUCUUCCAUCUUCAUGAUUCAGGUUUAGAUCAAGCAUUUAUAGAUGCUCUACCUGUGUUUCUUUAUAAGGAAAUAAUGGGGUUGAAAGAGCCAUUUGAUUGUGCUGUUUGUCUUUGUGAAUUCCUGGAACAAGACAAAUUGAGAUUACUUCCUAUGUGUAGUCAUGCUUUUCAUAUAGACUGUAUAGACACAUGGUUGAUGUCUAAUUCUACUUGCCCUCUUUGUAGAGGGACCCUUUUCACACCUGGGCUUCCAAUUGAAAACCCAGUUUUUGGCUUGGAAUACGCAAGGGAAGAAAAUAUGUUAUCAAGCAAUGGAGGAAGCGGGGUGUCGUUUGGCAUAAAACCAGCAGGGAAUGACAUUGGAAAGAGGGUGUUUUCUGUCAGACUAGGCAAAUUAAGAAGUUCAAAUGAUGGAAGAGGAGAAGGAGAAGGUGUAUUACGUGGAGAGGGAGAGACCAGUAGCAGUAAUUUGGAUGCGAGGAGAUGUUACUCCAUGGGGUCACACCAAUAUGUGGUUGCUGAUUCAGACUUGCAAGUAGCUCUAUGCCCCAGUAGAGGAGGCACUGGUAGUGCUAGUAUGAAGCUUGUGAAAGGAAGAGUUGGACAAAAUGGGAAUUCACCAAAUGAUGGGGAUGUAGAGGGAAAGAAAAUUAACAUGAGAAGUAAAGGUGAAAGCUUUUCUGUUUCCAAGAUCUGGCAAUGGUCUAAGAAGGGUAAAUUCCCAAGUUCUUCAGAUACUAUAGGGUCUUCCUCUGUUACCGUUGGUUUGCCAUGGACCGAUGGUAGAACUUGGGUUACUUGAAGCACCACAUGGGAAGCUGGUCUCAUGGUUGAAGCUUGGGGAAGUGUUUUAUUCUGAUACUUUUAGAAGGGAGGGAAAAAGCAUGCUGUUCGAAAAGAAGUAUACCACACCAAAGAACAGUUUUGCUGAUGGUUACAGAAGACAAAACUGGUUGGGUCUGGUAAUCGUUUUGUUUCCAUACAUAUCAUUAGAUAGCCCUGCGAGAUUGGCACAGGAGAUGAAGAGCAGGAGUAGGAGUAAGAUGACAGCCAGCGAGCCAAAAGUCAAACAAAUUGAUGCAUGCACGAGCAAUGCAUGACUGGGAGGCAGGAGGAAUUGAGUAUUUGGUAAAGCUAAGAGAUCACAUCACAACAACAAUAACUCCGUGACUGAGAUAGGCACACAAGUCAAAACAUUUCAAAUCAGUCUUUUCCAAGCUCGCGGGUUACAGAGAGAAACAGACAGCCCGGAUCAUUGAGCUUUGCUGGAAGAAUCCAAGGCUUGCUUUGUUGGGUAUAAACAAAAAGAGAUUUUUUUUUUAGGGAAAAAUGAAUUUAAAAAUUAGUACAAGAAUUGAAAUCAUUGUAGCACCACUUAACUAUUUUAGUCUCGGAGUUUGCAGUUGGUGUUCUUAGGAGUAGAAUAAUGCACCUCUGGAUAAGAGCGACCCCAUGUGCAAUUAAAAGGACAACAUUUGCACUGGGAUUUUAGAAUUUAAUUUGCUUUGAAAUGCUCACUGCUUUCUUCUCCCAAAUUAAAAUUAAGAAGUCAUUCUACCAAUGCAAUUUUAAUUAUAAUCGAAGUACCAUUUUAUAUUUGUAGUAUUAUUUGACAUUGUGAAAUUAUCCCACUCCAGGAAAUUCAAUAAGUUAAAACUUAUGUAAUUGACAACAAAAAUAAAUAGAAGAAAUUAUUACAUUCUUUUUCAGGAUUAA